GGCGCGGACGAUUCUCACUUUCAGAAGUUCCAUCUCGCUUCUCACCGUCCGAGUCGGCUUGCUUAUUGCAAAUCGUUCCUUGCGACACAAUCCAUUGUUGUGUUUGAGCUGCUGUCAGUUCGUCAACGGAUUGAUGCGGAGUCUUGAAUCGGAGUCGAGUUGGCGGUGACUGAAAAGAAUUAUCGCUCAAGAAACGAUCGACUGUUCGGGUUCGACUUGUGAUUUGCUUACUGUAGUCGGGUUGACAACGCUUCGACGCGUUCACGUUCUGUGUGUUAUUGAUAUUCCUGAGACGACUUUCUGGAUGUGUGUGGGGAGGCUGGACUGGUUAGUUCGAUUUCGGUGCUCGAGGUUUCAUUAAUGAAAAUUAUACCUUAGGAAUAUGAAACAAUCGUUAUAGGUAUCUCUUUUCUUCGACAAGGGAUUGAUUCAUCGCUUGCAAGCAGCCGCUGGUAACAUCACUGCGUCAGUUAUCUCUGAAGUUUACAUAGUUUCUUUAGAUUUUACUAGAGGGUGGAGAAUUUUCUCAACAGAGAUCAAGGGGUAGAAGACUUAUAAUAUCGAAGGGUUUGCUGCAUGAAAAGUCUUAUUUCACUUGCGAAGCUUCCGUCCAGCUAGCGUGAGUUUGGAUCGUUCGUAAUUUUUCCUAUGUGUUGCUCAAUCGGAAGGGCGCCAGCAAAGUGGAGCGAGCACGGGUUAGGAUUAGUAUUCCACUCAGGAAAGUGCAACUCAGGGAAGGGUAGAGAGAAACAGGAACUUGCUUAUAACGAAAAGUUAGACUUAGAGUUCCUCCACAUUUCCCGACAAUCUAUUUUUCUUUAGAAUAUGGAUCGCAUAUCUUCCGUUGACGACAUCCUGAGCGCAUACUGGAACGAGUCGUCUAUGACUUCUCCUGUGAAGGGCAGCAUGAACCGCAGUGCUUCUGAGUUCGCUUUUCAAGAAUUUAUUAAGGAGAACAUGACUGCCACAUCUUGCUUCGGAGGCCGCUCCAAGAGCCGCUUCUAUCAAUCGCAGGCGGAUGAGGGGAAAGCUCUUAACGAUCAAAGUCGUGACAAUCUUAUGAUCUCGGCAAAAUCUGAAUCAGAGUUCACUCCUCCGAUGUUCGCAAGCACCGAGGAGCUGCGUGCGAUGAAUAACGUCGUGGACCCUGUUGAAGUCGACGAUAUUGUGGGGAUUGAGGGGGCGCUGAACCCCCUCUUCUCCCGUGUCCAAAAUGAUGCGGAUAAAAAAUAUUCCAAUUUCCCCUCUGCUGCGUUAUCUGCGGGUGACUGUGGUGGUCAAGACUAUGAGGACAUCCUUAAGCAGAAGUUGGAAAGGGCGUGCGCUGCAGCGGCUCUCUCUAGACAGGUGAAUGGCGAGGGUGCAAUAAUUGGACAAUCGGUUGGAGCUAUUUGUCAGAAGAGUUUUGCUAUCGAAUCAUCUGCCGCUAGUGCUUGUCCAAGUGGAGUUCAAUGCGCACCCAUGAGCGCUAAGUCUCCUUCUCCAAAACCUGAAGUGGAUGCAUCAACCGGGAAGGUCAAACUUACGACCAGUGGUUCGGAACUUUCUGAUGACGACGAACAUGAUUUGUUAAACCAAAGCCUACCAGGCGGUGACCUUAAGCGUGUGAAGAGAAUGUUGUCAAACCGUGAAUCUGCCCGACGCUCGCGCAGAAGGAAACAGGCACACUUGAGUGAUCUAGAAAUGCAGGUUGCGCAAUUGCGAGUUGAAAAUACUACGCUUAUGCAAAGAUUGCAAGAGAUUACCCACAUGCAUAAAGAUGCAUCUGUCGACAACCGAAUUCUAAAGGCAGAUGUGGAGGCGUUGCGUGCUAAGGUGAAAAUGGCUGAAGACAUGGUGGCCCGUCAAGGACAGCCCAUGUCAAAUCUCAUUCCCGACCCCAGUUUAAGCUUUAUGACACCGUUCAAUGUGAAUGAUAUGGAAAGACCAUUUCUGCAACAGAUGAGGCACAGUUCCAUGCUACGCCAUGAUCAGCAACAGCAGCCUGCUAGUGGCAUUAGGGGUAAGAUGGGACGUGCACCUUCAAUGCAACGGGUUGCCAGCCUGGAGCAUCUGACGAAGCGUAUCCGCAACGGGAGUUCCUGCAACGUACCGGCUUGGGGUGGCUGGGACAUGGACAGACCUGCCAUGGUACAGGAACACGGCAUCUGAUCAAUGUUUCCGCGCUGACUAUGUAGUAGAAUCGAUGUAACUUACAUUUACUCCGCUUAUUUCAAGCGAGAGCGAGAGUUCAGGGCAAGUGGAAGAUCCGAGAUUAUUAUUUAUUUUAGACUUGGGUUGAAGGGGAAUAGAUUUACGCUAAGAAGGGACUUCACCUUAGUUUUCAGAAGUGGCGUAGAAUUCUUCUGAUAAGUAGGCAUGGAAAGGAUCAUAUUGUUGUUGCUUCAGAGGAAGAGAAGAUUCAUACUUUGGAGGGUGAACAUAGAACUUGUUUUUUGGCAGGGUGCAAACGUUGCUUGUAAUCUCCUAGCUGAGAUUGAUGUUGUUGCUUGUAAAUAGCUACUGCUGUCGGUCCUGGUCAACUAACAAGGCUGGAGCCUGAUGGUUGGAAGUGCCACAAUGGAAAGUAUUUUGAAUUCUUUCAUAUUUGA